AUGCGCCUGGAGGCGUCGGAGGGCUUCCUGGACUCGCCCAACUUCCCCGGCGACUACCCGCCGGCGCUGGACUGCUGCUACGACAUCGCGCGGCCGUCGCCCCGUCACUGCGGCGUCAAGCUCUACGUGCAGUACCUGUUCCAGCCGGGCGCGCGCGCCAUCCGGCUGCAGUUCCACAGCUCCCCGCGGCGCGGCGCGGCCGGCGGGGGCCCUCUUCGCUUCCGGCUGCGCUACCGCGCGCUCACCAACUGCAAGGGGCUCUUCCAGGAAGCGGCGGUCUCGGCGCUGCCGCCCGCCGCCCCCGGCGCCGCCUCCAGCGCCGCCCCCGACGCCCCGCCCUGCUACGCGCGCAUCGCUGACAAGCGCGGCGCCAUUCGCACUCCGCGCCACCCCAAGAACUACCCGCCCGGGCUCGACUGCGUCUACGAGUUCGUUAGGCCCAACCCGUUCAUCUGCGGCGUGCGCAUGCGCUCCGUGCGCUUUGAGCUGGAGCCGGCGCUGGACACGCCCUUCGGCGGCGCCUGCUCCGACUUCCUGCAGGCGCCCGGCUGCGGCUUCCUCUGCGGGCCCCUCGCCUUCACCUGUGAGUACGCGCGCCCGCGCCCGCGCCCGCGCCCGCGCCCGCGCCCGCACGCAGGAGAGGGAGGGAGAAGCGAUGAGGACGGGGGAGAGGGAAAUGAGAGAGAGGAAGCAAGGGAGAGAGAUGAAGAAAAAGAGGAUGAGAGGAGGAAAGAGAGAGAGGGAAUUGGGAGAGAGAGGAAGGAAGGGAGUUAG